UCCUGACAGGCUGAACUCAGGGAAGGCUAAACUCUGGGCAUUAGAUGUUAUUGAUUCUUGCCCUUUCAUUGGUCAGCUGUAACUGACGUCAUGUGUUUGUCAUCACGCUGAGGAAGCGGGAACCCCAUCAUCCUCAACUGGACCUCCUGUAUCAGAACCACGCUGGUUUCUACCGCUGAUUGAAUAAAAAUCCAAAGCUGCACAGAUGGCUGAGAAAGAAAUAUGGCAAAAAAUUGGAGAGGGCUUUGUCCAAGAAUAUUACAACCAGUUUGACAAUACCAACAGAACAGCACUGGGUAACCUAUAUUCUGCUGACGCCUGUUUGACAUGGGAAGGCUCACCUUUUCAGGGGAGAGAAGCCAUCUCUGGCAAACUAGCAGCCUUGCCUUUCAAGCGUAUUAAGCACAUCAUCACAGAACAAGACUUCCAACCCACGAUAGAUAGUUGUAUCCUCAUCAUGGUGUUUGGACAGUUACAGGUGGAUGAUGAGCUACCGAUGGCCUUUCAUCAAGUGUUUAUGCUGAAGUCCCAAAACUGCGCAUGGGCCUGCACAAACGACGUGUUCCGGUUGGGGAUACACAACAUACCAGUGUAGCAAUCUGGAUUUGUUGACAUCCAGGUCAGAAUUCAUACUAUGUUCAUGCUGUCAUUGAAAACACAAGGGGUAAUAUGCAAAGUUCCUCCAUGUUUACAAUACAUCCAUUAGCAUGCUAAUUGUAUUAAAGAUGUCAAAUUGCAUUCCUGUCCAAUAAAAGAAUUUAUCAGUCUGAAA